GCAUACAUAGAAUACUGUACAAAUAAAAACAUGAACACAAAAUUCAUAUUUUUUGAAUCAAUGGAAAUUUUAAGUACAAUACCCCAGUACCAUACAUUGCUAGCAACAUUCGUAAUUCUUUGGCUCAUAUGGUUUAUUAGUAAAAGAUAUUACAGUAAUAAUGGGAGAAUACCAACUGAAGAUGAAAUUGAAAAGAAACUUGCAGAAUGGAAACCUGAACCCCUUAUAAAUAAUCCACAAAUAGAUCAUUCAUCUUUAAAACCAAGAUGUGUAACAUCUAGAGCUGGUAAAAGAAUAGUGAUUAAUGGAAGAGAUUGCUUAAAUUUGGGUACACACAACUACCUAGGUUUAACUGAAAAUGAUAAAAUAGAAAAAGAUGCAAUAGCAGCAGUAAGAAAAUAUGGAGUAGGUUCUUGUGGUCCACGUGGAUUUUACGGUACUGUUGAUGUUCACCUUGAAUUAGAAGAAUGUUUAGCAAAUUAUACAGAUACAGAAGAAGCAGUUGUAUAUUCAUAUGGAUUUAGUACAAUUGCAUCUGCAAUUGCAGCAUAUUGUAAACGUAAAGACCAUGUAUUUGUAGAUGAAAAAGUAAAUUUUGCCAUACAAAAAGGAUUAGAUGCAUCUAAAGCUAAUAUUCACUAUUUUAAACAUAAUGAUGUGAAUGAUCUUUGUAAUUUAUUGACGAAACAAGCAAAACUGGAUGAACAAAAUCCCAAAAAAGCAGCUAAAAUUAAACACUUUUUAAUAGUUGAAGGUAUCUACAUGAAUACUGGUAAUAUAUGUCCUUUACCAGAGUUAGUUGCACUUUGUAGAAAAUAUAAGUUAAGAAUAUUUAUUGAUGAAGGAAUAUCAUUUGGUACCCUUGGUAAAUAUGGAAAAGGUGUUACUGAACAUUUCAACAUUCCUAGACAUGAAAUUGAUAUGAUUAUAGGAUCUCUGGAUUGGGCAAUGGGAUCUAUUGGUGGUUUUUGUGUAGGCACAUCAUUUAUUAUUGAACAUCAACGCUUAUCUGGUCUUGGAUAUUGCUUUUCCGCGUCACUGCCACCUCUCUUAACAUCUGCUGCUAUUACUUCCCUAGAUAUUAUGAAAAACAACCCAUGUAUAUUUAAAUCAUUGAAAGAUAAUUGUAUAGCUAUAAAUAAUGGUCUUCAAAACAUUCAUUGCUUAGAAUGUUCAAGUUUUACAGAAUCUCCAGUAAAACAUGUAUAUUUGAAAAACAGAAUGGACCGUACUACAGAAGAAAAAUUACUUACUAAAAUCUCUGAUAUGUGCAUUGAAAAUAAUUUAGCAGUUAUAACCCCUGUGUACUUAGAAACAGAAAAAAGUUUACCUAGGCCCAGUCUCAGACUUUGUAUUUCUACUCUUCUCAAUCAAAAUGACAUUGAUUUUGCAUUGAAUGUAUUAAAAAAAUGUGCUGAAGAAGUUCUAUCAGCAUAAAUCGAAGCACAAUCAAAAACUUUAAACAUAUGUGUG